AUGGUGCAUAUGCAUUUGCUUCCGCUUCUUGGUGGCAUGAUGCAGUAUCAUCAGCGACGACAUGACUUCCGCUGCCUUGGAUGGUUCGUAUGCCUUUAUGUGGGACAUGCAGUGUUCCUGCUCGUUGCCAGAGGUUCUGUGCCGGCAACCCCAAAGCACGCCAGGUAUACAUGCAGCGCGAUCCAUUUUUUGGUGCUGGUGUGCGUGAUCUGCAGCACCGGAGAAGAGAAAGAUGACUAUGUAGCUAGGAGAGACUUCCUCAUGCAAUGUCAGGUCAUCCUUGCGAUCGUUUUUCCUGAUCGCACGGUGUUGUGCCUGUUUGCGCCACUUUUCCUUGCAACAUGUGUGGGGACCACUGCUUUAGUCUGUGGUUAUGAUGCCUGCGGCAUCUGGUUCUGGGAGCAGCAGCUCUUCCACAUUCUUCUUACAUGUCUCAUCGUUCCGAUGGUCACUGAGUAUAUCCACCGAGAGCGCAUUGAAGCUUACAUUCAAGCUCAGAAUGCUGACUUGCUUGUGUCAGCUUUUCGUCGCAUGCUGAAGGGCGUUUGCGAUGGCGAUUUGCUUCUGGACGGGCAGGCAAGAAUUUGUGGAGAUUCUAGCUGCUUGCAGCGUCUCUUGGGCACACAGGAUGAGUUGACCGGCAAAAGAUUUUCAGACCUGAUUGACGAGCACCAGCGUUUUGAUGAUUUUCUGGCCGAAUCCGCCAAGAAGAACGCAAACCACCAUGGCACUCCGCGGUGCUGCCGCGUGGCUUUAAAUGGAGCGGAACGAGAAGUUCCUGUUGAUGUUUUUCAUGUGGAGCUUCCAAAGCGCCUGGGUACCUCGGCCGACUGUCAUCUCCUGGCUUUGAUCGAGGAUGCAGAUGCUCGGCUACGGGCCGAAGCUUCGCAGAACCUCCACGCCGACCCCGCACAGAACCCGCUCGCCCACGGGCCCGGGCCCGGGCUUGCCCUCUCCGCUUCAGAGAGCCAGAGCAGUUGCUCCAGCGAAUCUUACGAGAUGUUCGAAGAAUUGUCCCAGCUCACUUUGUUGCUGGAUUGCAGUACGGAGAUGAUCGACAUCAAAGAGGCACAUGCGCGGUUCGCGCGGAUAACCGACGAAGCGCAUAUGAAGCUUGGAAUGCCGACGUUGAAGCGGCUCAUCCGCCCUUCGGACUGGCCUGCAGUACAAGCCCAGCUGUCGCACCUUGCACAUCGAGGAACUACACACAAGGGAACCGCGAGGUCACAGACACUUCCACCUAUGAUGCUCCGAGUCCCCGGCGAGCAGAAAAGGUAUGUUCACGCAAAAGGUGCGUCGGUCAAGGCAGCAUACUCCGGCUUCCGCCCGCAAGGCGUGCCGGCAUAUCUGCAGCUGACGCUGAACAAGUUCCACAAGCGCCAGGUCAUGGCGGGUGUCCAUGAAGAUCCCUUGGAAUAUCUUGCAGCCAAUGAUCUGAGCUACCCUGGAGACGUACAGCGACAGGACAUGUGCAAGCGGGAGAAGUUGCUCAAGGAUGGAUGGAAUUCACCCUCCAAAUCGCCCUCCAGAUCUCCAUGUCCCCAAAUCGCCUGA